AAUGAAUACAAAACAAGCAUGGCAGUCGCUAACACCUCUCAGUCUUGACUGAAGCCCUCUAGCGGCUGCUUGGGUUCGUUGGAAAGGUCUGCGCGUACGUCCUUCACGCGCAUCCCAGCUUUGUAGGACCCACCUGCAAUAACAUUUCCAGUUAAUUCAUCUUAUGAAUUCGAUCUCAUCGUCGUUUCAUAUGAAGCGCUUCUCCUGCGAGUUUAAAUGAGUGUGAAUCAUCCUAAAAUGCUGUUGCUGAUCCGGGAAUGCUGAGAUCAUGAUGAGGGAGGGGUCCAGUGGGAUGGAGCAGAGUUUCAUGCAGUCCGCGAUGGCUAUGGGUGCACAGUCCAAGAAAGGCUUCUCCAGGAGCAUCGCCGUGGAGAGAAAAAACCUCAUCACAGUUUGUAGGUUUUCAGUGAAGACACUGCUAGAGAAGUACACAGCUGAGCCCAUCGAUGACUCAUCUGAGGAGUUCAUUAACUUCGCUGCUAUUCUGGAACACAUCCUCAGCCAUCGCUUUAAAGGCUCCGGCAGCUGGUUUGAUGGUCAGCGUAGUUUUUGGGACUUCAUCCGUCUGGCCUGCAGUAAAGUGCCCAAUAACUGCAUAAGCAGCAUUGAGAACAUGGAGAACAUCAACUCCUCACGAGCAAAGGGCAGAGCAUGGAUACGAGUUGCACUGAUGGAGAAACGGCUGUCUGAAUACAUCGCCACAGCUUUGCGAGAUAGCCGCACCACCAGAAGGUUCUAUGAUGAAGGUGCCAUAAUGCUCCGAGAAGAAGCAUCUGUUUUGACCGGAAUGCUCAUCGGACUUGGAGCCAUUGACUUUAGCUUCUGUUUGAAAGGGGAGGCUCUGGAUGGGAAGUCUGAGGCUGUUAUUGACUACACUCCAUAUCUGAAAUUCACACAAAGUUAUGAUUAUCUUAGUGACGAUGAGGACGGUCAGAGUGUGGACAGCAGUAACAGUGAUGACAGUGUCGAGCAUCCUUACAUCCCUCUGGUCACCGAUGAGGAGAGCUGGAGGAACAAGUGCCGCAAGAUGGAGCAGAGGUUCAAGAUCGUCAAUGCACAAAAGGGGUACCUUGAGGAGCUGGUAAGGCUGCGGGAAUCUCAGCUGAAGAAUGUGGAGAUGGAGAAUAAAAAACUAACAGCUGGACUGGAAGAACUGAAGCUGCAGAGCCAGAAAGAGAAGAGAGAACUGGAGAACAUCAUACUGGAGCUGCAGGAACAACUGACGAGUCUGAUUCCAGGCGAAUCACAUCCGCUCUCUAAGGAUUUCUCAAUCCCUCUUGUUAACCAAUGGCCAUCUCUCCAAAACUACAACAACCAAGAGGACAGGAAACUGUACCACAGGGGUAGUUUUCCAAGCCCGGAACCACAUAUAAGCUUAACCACAGGUUCUCAGAGGGCAGAAAGGAAACUGAAUGGAAAAGCCUGGUGCACAGCAGAAAAAGAAUACACUCCCUCUAUGUUAGGCCUAUGUGGUUCUCUGUCCUCUUUACCCAGCUGUAAGUCCCUGCCAAGCCUGAGGUCGACUGAGUGCCUGGUAAACAUCAGCGCAGAGCCCAGUCCUGCUCUAACCCCUAGCUAGGGACCACCAAAUGAGACCAGUACAAGCAGAGAGAAACUGCACUGUCAGCUAAGACAUCCAAGGAUAAUGCGGCUCAGCUGCAGCCAGUUACACUAAUUCUCACGAAAGUAUCAUUGAUCAAAUAUAGCUAGAACUCUUUAGUUAUGAUGGGAGAUAUUUUCCACACAGACUUAUCCUGUUAGAGCUUUUCAGAUGAGUGUGUCUCUGAAUGUGUUUGCUGUUCAAACCUUUCUCCUGGCUUGUUGUGGUAACCAGUGAAGGCAAACUGUGGACUAUGCACUGACUGACUUUCAUGUCUCAAAGCCCACAUUCUGUUGCCCUUUAAAAUCUUUUAUGGGAACAUACAUACAAAACACAUACAAACAAAACCAUACAGACACUUACAGUCAGAAAUUUACCAUGAAAAAUGUGUGAAAGAAAGCAUAUUAUAGUUACUAGUUAGUAUUUUAACAUUAUCAUCACUUUAUUUUUUAAAUUCUCACAUUUCAACCAUCUCUCUUCUGCCAAACAACAUGCAAGAACUAAGAAGAUAAACAAGAAGAUGUGUAUGUCUUUACAUUCUGCUGUACAAUUACAGAGGUAAUAAAAUGAAAGACAUUUUCUGAAUAGCUGCCUUAUCCUUCUUUUCUUGCCUCUUGACGUAACUUUGAAGAUGGGAUCACUCUGCACAUGAUGGUAGUAUACUAUUACAAAAUGACAAAAAAAAUGGACCAGUAUAUAUCUGCAUACUGUUGUAUUGUUCUGUAUGUUUGACAUCUAUUUGUCUUCUGUUGUUGCAUCAUUGCAAUAUGUCUGCAAGUGUGUGGACCACUGUCAUUUCAGUAUAUUAGCAGAAGUUUUGAAACCUUGCAUUCAUUUUUAUUGCACUGGUACCAUAUAAAACUGAUAAGCUAGAUUUCCCCCUCCAUUGUCAGUGUAAUUGAAAGUCUAUUUGUUUGAGAAUGUGUGUCUGUGUUGUCUUAGACAGAUGUUUACCCUCAAUUAGCAUUAAAUAACUAAAAUAGCUUUUUUUUUUUAUUCCUUGCCCAUUAUUUUUAUCAUUUAAAAAGCCAUGGGAAACUAUGCUGUUCAUCACUUAAAUCGCAAUAAAACUGCCUUUUUGUCCUAA